CCCGGCCCCGCCGCAGGAACAGCCCCGGAGCCCGGGCUGCCACCGCCUCAGCCCGGCCCCGCCGCAGGAACAGCCCCGGAGCCCGGGCUGCCACCGCCUCAGCCCGGCCCCGCCGCAGGAACAGCCCCGGAGCCCGGGCUGCCACCGCCUCAGCCCGGCCCCGCCGCAGGAACAGCCCCGGAGCCCGGGCUGCCACCGCCUCAGCCCGGCCCCGCCGCAGGAACAGCCCCGGAGCCCGGGCUGCCACCGCCUCAGCCCGGCCCCGCUCCCGAAACAGCCCCGGAGCCCGGGCUGCCACCGCCUCAGCCCGGCCCCGCUCCCGAAACAGCCCCGGAGCCCGGGCUGCCACCGCCUCAGCCCGGCCCCGCCGCAGGAACAGCCCCGGAGCCCGGGCUGCCACCGCCUCAGCCCGGCCCAGCCCAGCCGGGGGCUCUGGGUCAGCUUCACUUGAGGAGCCGGAAAAGGAGACUCAUCCUCCAGACCGCGUUUCGAAGUGGGAGGGGGAAAAAGGCUUCUUUGUGGCCAUGCUGGAUCCUUUAGAGAACAACUUGUUUGAUCUUCCUGAUUAUGAGAACACAGAAGACGAAACCUUCCCACCUCUUCCACCUCCUGCCUCUCCAGGAAGAGACGAUGCAGAAUGGGCUCAGGUUAAUGGAGAUCCAGAUGGAAACCAGCAGUCCCAAACAAAGGAUUCUGCUGUGACCACACAGAAGGCAAUAAAAAGACCAAGGCCUAGAUUAGAUGCCCAAAGGUUAAUUUCAGAAAGAGGGCUCCCAGCUCUGAGGCACAUGUUUGACAACGUGAAGUUCAAGGGCAAAGGGCAUGAGGCAGAGGACCUGAAGACACUGAUCCAGCAUAUGGAGCACUGGGCUCACCGACUGUUCCCACAACUGCGGUUCGAGGAUUUCAUUGACGUGGUGGAGUCUUUGGGAAACAAAAAGGAAGUUCAGACCUGCCUGAAGCGGAUUAGACUUGAUCUUCCCAUUUUACAUGAAGACUUCAAACAUAAUGAAGAAGGAGAAGGGGAAAGCAAUGGGCUGGAUGCAGCUGCCGAAGAUGCACAUUCCCACUCUGGCAGCGCAGAAGAGCUGAAUGCCCUGCCUGGGACGAGCCUGACGGAGGAGCAGCAGGAGCGGAUGAAGAAGAACCGGCAGCUGGCCCUGGAGCGGCGGCAGGCGCGGCUGCAGGGCCUCAGCCAGUCCCAGCACCAGGCAGAGCUCCCCAGCAGUUACUCAGAAGAGGAGUUUGACAGCCCAGUUGCUCAGGAUCCCACUGACCUUACUGAAGACACUCAGGUUCCUGCAGCCAAGGAUGCUCCCACAGAAGAAGAUGGAGAUGAUGAAUUGGAAAGUGCCAGGGAGGAGCAGUAGCUCCCUCACACCGUGAAUGCCUUUCUUGACCAAAAGACCCUUCUGCUUUAAGAACUGGCAUUAUACUGAAAUGUUGCUGGCUCUUGGCACUCCGGAAGCUUCAGGGAAGUCUUUCCCAUGGCGUCACUGAAGGACAGAACUCUUCCCUGGAAGCUGCAGGGGAGCAGCUCCAUACACCAGGAGACAGAAGAAAGUUCUUCAGCUGCACUUGAGCCAUCUUUUCCACCUCCCAAAAUGUUUUCUAGGAAAUGUUUGAGUUUUUGGACCUACUUUGAAUAUAGUUUAUCAUUUAUGUUAAACUGAAUGAGCUGGGAUGUUGAUGGAUUAAGUUGCUAUUAAAGGUGUGUUUGGGGUUUUUUAACAGGUCUUUUAA